AUGGCGCUGUUUUCAGCAGCAGCAAAAGGAGACUUCCUGAAGAUACAAUCAUUAAUCGACUCGGAGGACAAGUCAGAGGAUUCGGGAAGAGUUGAUGUAAACUGCUCGGAUGCGUCAGGCCAUCUUGAAGUCGUCGAGUUUAUUGUGGACGAAGGAGCAGACUUUGAAAUAAGUGAUAAAGACGGGUUUACAGCUCUUCACAUAGCAUCAUUCAAUGGUCAUCUUGAUAUUGUCAAAUACCUUGUUAGUAAAGGGGCAGACCUGGGAAGACCUGGUAAUGAUUACUUGACACCUCUACACCUUGCUUUAGACGGUGGCCAUCUUGACAUUGCAGAUUACCUUUUGACAGAAGGAGCCAACAUUAACACAUGUGAGGACCACUAUGACUACCUUCGCAGUACGUUCGGUAGUAAGGCUCUCCCUAGCUUAAUGCCCCGCCCAUACUCCCAACCAUACGAUCCAUAUCUUACCAGUCCACGACACAACUCUAACUCCCCGAGGGAGAGCAUCAAAGAAGAGACAAAGAUUAUUAGUCUCGACGAGUACAGCAUCAAGGUUCCACUUUCACCAGAUGAUGUGGACAGAGCCAAAAAUAUCACAGCAGAAGCAUUGACCACCAUUCCACCUGACUUAAAGCUGGAAAAAGACGAAGUUAUCAUCUCAGUUGGGCUCAAGCUAUCCCCUCCUGGUCUUCAGUUCAACACUCCGGUGGAAGUCACGAUCUCGCAUAGCGCUAUUUUCACUAACCCAGACAAGGCAGACAUUGUGCUAUACACCCGAAGGACUGAGUCUGAUGAAUUUUCAAGGAUAGUUCUUGCUUCUGACAAAGCUGCUCGGUGUGUAGUCGCAAAGAAUCGCCUUACUCUGUACUUAGACCAUGUCUCGGAAUGGUGGAUUAUCUCCCUAAUCAGGAGAUACUUCAUCGGUAAACGGCUCAUCUGUACGCCAUACGUUCCCCUGUCUACCUCCAGAGACGUCACGAACUACAUCUUUCUCGAUAUUAAAGACGACUUCUGUGGCAUGAAAGAGGUAGAUUUAUCAUGA